AUGGUCGUCGAAAAGGGCAACAAGAUCUUCAUCCCCGCUGACCAGCUUACCACUACCGAGGUCAAGGUAGAAUGGUCCAAGAACUGGACCGAUUACUCGGCCCAGUACUACUCGGUCCCUUUCUACAACAGAGAUCAGGGCAAUGAGGAGAGUGUUAUCUUCAUUCAGAAGACCUAUCUUGAUUCCCUCAAGAAUAAGAAGGUUCCUGGAGAUGAUCUGACCGUCAUUGUCGAUGACUCUUUUCAGUAUGGCCAGAACAAGGAGAAGACUAAGCGUUGGUUGGCCUACCAUGACAAGAAGAACGAAGCCUACCAGUGGCGCUUUGUCGAGGGCCUCAAGUCCAAGCUUGGCCAGGCCGCCCUUAAGUUUGCUGGAGGGUUCUUCCCCAGCAUUGACCUGGGCAUGCUGAAGCUGCUCUUUGGCGACUACCUCCGCAACUUCUAA